CCGGCCGGCUGGUUUGUUUCGUGUGUCACGUUGUUCUGUCACCUUUCAGUAGUUUUUUGUUGUUAGUGUUGAAAAAACUCGUCUGGAACACGUGUACGGACCCUGUUGUCAACGAAUGUGCAAAGAUAAGCUAUGAGCGUUCUACUCGAUUACCUUCGUCUGUUACACCAACGUCGAUGUGAUCUGUACCGCGACUCGUCGCGACUUUAAAGAGCACCUGAAGUGACAGGAGGGACAAGGCGCAGCCGCGACCACCCGAUGGCGGCCGCGAGCUUUCCACCGAACUUCUCGAACGUCGGCAUCCUGGAGAACUGCGCCGGCAUGGAGGCGGCGAACGGUGCGAUCGAGCACGAUUUUCACAACACCCUGGUGCCCAUAAACGGUAGCCAUUCAGGUAGCUCUGGCAGGAGUACACCGAACGGAGGUGACCCAGCGCCAGGGAAACUGUUCGUUGGCGGACUUUCCUGGCAGACCAGCAGUGAGAAGCUCAGGGAGUACUUUGGCAUGUUCGGCACCGUCACCGAUGUCCUCAUCAUGAAGGAUCCGGUCACACAGCGUAGUCGCGGGUUCGGCUUCAUCACGUUCGCCGAGCCGGGUAGCGUGGACAAGGUGCUGAAGUGUCCAAUCCACACGUUGGACGGCAAGAAGAUCGACCCGAAGCACGCGACCCCGAAGAACCGUGCGAAACAGGCGAAUCGCACCAAGAAGAUCUUCGUCGGCGGUGUCAGUCAGGACACGAGCAGCGAGGAGGUGAAGGCCUACUUCAAUCAGUUCGGCAAGGUCGAGGAGACCGUGAUGCUGAUGGACCAACAGACGAAACGUCACCGUGGUUUCGGUUUCGUCACGUUCGAGAACGAGGACGUCGUCGAUCGGGUGUGCGAGAUACACUUUCACACGAUCAAGAACAAGAAGGUCGAGUGCAAGAAGGCGCAACCGAAGGAAGCCGUUCAACCUGGCGCGUUGGCACUUGGAAAGAGGGUGGUCCUGGGUGCUUUGGGCGUACGAUUAGCGCCACAACCGCCGCUUCCUGUCUCCGCUGCUUCGCAAUUAGUCGCGGCGCAGGCACAGGCGCAAGUACAAGCGGCUGCGGCCGCAGCUGCUGCCGCUCAGGUUCAAAACGCGGUGGCUGGGUACGGGAAGCUAUUCGCUAGCAGUUACCCAGCCCUAUCAGCCUACAGAUACGCCCCGUACCCGAUUCCAGCGGCGGCGGUGGCCGCUGCCGCGGCUGCAGCCGCGCCGCAACCGGCCCCUGCGCCACCGUCUGCGGCAGCCGCGGCCGCUGCAGCUGCAGCAGCGACCCCCGCAGCAGCGGCCGCAGCUGCGGCUGCGCCGGCGAACCCCUAUCAAGGAUACUCGCUCACCAACGUCGACAUGUCCAGCUUCCAGGGCGUCGACUGGGGCUCCAUGUACGGAAUGGGCAUGUACGUUUAAGCCGUGUGUACACCCGCGGUAAUGUCGUCGAAGCGAACUCUGAUCCGCGAACGGUGGCGUUGCGCGCGCACGCUUCCACGAAUCGCUGAUAAUGACCUAGCUAGCCCGAGAAAGGACCAGCAUACAGAACUAGUGGUCGUGUUGCAACUAUGGAGCAACAGGUUUCCGAGCUUCCGGUUCUUCUUUCUUUUCUACUCUGCUCUUCCACACGAGCCGUGUGCGUGUGUGCGUGCGUGUGUUUAUGUGUUACACACUCGUACCAUCGGGACUUGUACCAGAAGUCGAUACCUCCUGAAGCAAUCAGUGGGACCUUCAAGGUGUCUACAGACCUUUGGAACGCGUGUCGGCUGGGGAUUCGAACGCCAUUUACGCGGAGACGAGAAUUUACACACUUGGCGUGUCGUAACGAUUCGUGAUUGUGGGAAGGAUACAUGGAUUCUUACCUGUAAGAUACACCCUACACCUGGGGAUAGAGGAUGAAAAGGAAGGCACGGAAACGGAUAAGAGCGAGCUCGAAUGGAUCAGAGUCGGGAGGAGAAG